UCACAAAUCAAAACCAACUGUGAAAGCAAUAAAUAAAACAAGCACUAGAACAAAAGAAACAGCAGAAAAGAGAAUCCUCUUCCUCUUCCCUCAAACACAAAGCACAAGAACAAACAGUUAUAUCAACCUCAAACUCUGUCACCAUUCUUCUCAACACCACAAUUCCAAAAAAUUUCUCAUCUCCUUCUGCCUUCUCCAACUUCACCACCUUUCUCUUUACUUUCCUUCUAACAACAAGAAGAUGAUAUCUUUAGCAGACCUUUACCAUGUCCUCACAGCAGUGGUUCCUCUCUACGUGGCCAUGAUCCUUGCUUAUGGCUCAGUCAAGUGGUGGCACAUCUUCAGCCCAGAUCAGUGCUCAGGCAUCAACCGCUUUGUUGCAUUGUUUGCAGUCCCUCUCCUUUCCUUCCACUUCAUCUCCACCAACAACCCUUUUGCAAUGAACUACCAUUUCAUAGCUGCAGACACUCUUCAGAAGCUCAUUGUCCUUGCUGUCCUCUCCCUCUGGACCAAACUCAGUUCUCGUGGCUGCUUAGAGUGGACUAUAACUCUCUUCUCUCUGUCCACUCUUCCUAACACUCUUGUCAUGGGGAUUCCUCUCCUCAAAGGCAUGUAUGGCCCUGAGUCUGGUAGUCUCAUGGUUCAGAUUGUUGUUCUCCAGUGUAUCAUUUGGUAUACUUUGAUGUUGUUCUUGUUUGAGUACCGUGGUGCUAGACUUUUGAUAAUGGAGCAGUUCCCUGACACUGCUGGUUCCAUUGUUUCCUUCCGGGUUGAUUCUGAUGUUAUGUCUCUGGAUGGGAAGGAACCUCUGCAAACUGAAGCUCAAGUUGGUGAUGAUGGCAAGCUUCAUGUCACAGUGAGGAAAUCCACUAGUUCACGUUCAGAAGUUCUUUCAAGGAGGUCACAUGGGUUGAACUCUGGUGUCUCACUGACUCCUCGGCCAUCUAACUUGACAAAUGCUGAGAUUUAUUCAUUGCAAUCUUCAAGGAAUCCAACACCAAGAGGGUCUAGCUUUAAUCACAGUGAUUUCUACUCUUUGGUUAAUGGGAAGAAUGCUGGGAAUGGUUUUAGUCCCAGUCAUGGUGGUUUUUCUGGUAUGGUGUUUGAUGAGGAGUCUGGGGGGAAUGUAGCUAAGGGUAAUGGGAUUUUCUCUCCUGUGGCUGCUAAGAAGAGUAAGUUGGCGAAUGGAGUGAAUCAAGCAGGGGGUGGCAAGGACUUGCAUAUGUUUGUUUGGAGCUCUAGUGCCUCACCUGUGUCUGAAGGUGGUCUUCAUGUGUUUAAAGCAGGAGAGUUUGGAGCAGAGCUCAAUGGUGUUUCUCAUCCUAGUGAUCAUCUUGCUCAGAAAGAUGGACAACCAUAUGGUUAUGAUGAUGAGUUCAGCUUUCGGAAUAGACCCAUUUCUCGAGCUGUGGAUUCCUUUCAAAAAGACAAACCAAGUCUCUCAAAAAUUGGAUCAAAUUCUACCGCAGAGCUGCAUCCUAAGACUGAAAGUGAAGACUUGAAGCCAACUUCCAUGCCGCCUGCCAGUGUCAUGACAAGGCUUAUUCUAAUUAUGGUUUGGCGGAAACUCAUCAGAAACCCGAACACUUAUUCCAGUCUUAUUGGUCUCAUCUGGUCUUUGGUCUCCUUUAGGUGGGGAAUUGAAAUGCCAGCAAUAAUUGCUAAAUCGAUCUCAAUACUCUCUGACGCAGGUCUUGGAAUGGCUAUGUUUAGUCUUGGUUUGUUUAUGGCAUUACAGCCAAGGAUCAUCGCAUGUGGCAAUUCGACUGCAGCGUUUGCCAUGGCUGUCAGAUUUCUCGCCGGCCCUGCAGUGAUGGCAACCGCCUCAAUUGUUGUCGGUCUGCGAGGCAUGCUCCUGCAUAUCGCCAUUGUUCAGGCAGCUUUACCACAAGGAAUUGUUCCCUUUGUGUUUGCCAAGGAAUACAAUGUGCAUCCUGACAUCUUGAGCACAGGGGUCAUAUUUGGGAUGUUAAUUGCUCUGCCAAUCACACUGGUGUAUUACAUUUUAUUGGGACUUUGAAGGUGACAAGAAAAUGGUAAGACCUUGAAGGUGACAAUGAAUCUUUGACAGCCCAUCUUUCAUUAUUCUGAUCAAAAUGGGAAUAUUUUUGGCAGUCAUGUGAUCAAAAGUUUGUGGGUUCAAACGUAGGGGUCAAAAUUAAAUCGGACAUAUGAUGAUGGUGAUGUUGUGGCUUCAAAAUCCUUGUACUUCCUAAUUUUAGCUCAAUAUAUGAUGGUUUAAGAGCACUCUCGGUUCAUAUCCAAUGGCUAUUUGUUGGUUCUUGCACUAU